GCGCCGGGCGCUGAGUGGCGGCUCCGGGUCCACCCCUGGCGCGCCGGUGCGGGGGGAGCGGGAGGCGGGGAGCGCAGGGGCGGCGGCGCGAGGGAGCGCAGCAGCGAGCAUGUGCCGCCGAGCCCAGUAACCAGGGACGACCGCGGCCACACGGCGGCCCGUCGGCGCCCAGCCCAGCGCAGCUCCGCGCCGCGGCGCCCGGAGAGGGCGGCGGCCGGACGGCCCGGGCCUGCCCAGCGGCUGCCCCGCGCCCCGGGCCCCGCGCCGCGCCCAGGGCGGCCGAGGCGCCGCCAGCCGUGCAGCGCAGCGCGCCGGAGCCCCGCGCCCGGGCCGCGCGGGCACGGCGCAGACAAAGGCGCGGCCCCGGCCCGCCGGCCCUCCGCGCGCCCCGCCCCGGCCCGCCCCGGCCCGCGCCGGCCGAGCCGCUCCCGCUGGGCGCCCCGCCGGGGUCCGGCCCGGGGGGCGGGGGCCGCGGCGACGAGGAUGGGGAAGUCCAACAGCAAGUUGAAGCCCGAAGUUGUGGAGGAGCUGACCAGGAAAACCUACUUUACCGAGAAGGAGGUGCAGCAGUGGUACAAGGGCUUCAUCAAGGACUGCCCCAGCGGGCAGCUGGAUGCGGCCGGCUUCCAGAAGAUCUAUAAGCAGUUCUUCCCAUUUGGAGACCCCACCAAGUUUGCCACGUUUGUUUUCAACGUCUUUGAUGAAAACAAGGACGGGCGGAUUGAGUUCUCCGAGUUCAUCCAGGCGCUGUCGGUGACCUCGCGGGGAACCCUGGAUGAGAAGCUGCGGUGGGCCUUCAAGCUCUAUGACUUGGAUAACGACGGCUAUAUCACCAGGAACGAGAUGCUGGAUAUCGUGGAUGCCAUUUACCAGAUGGUGGGGAACACCGUGGAGCUCCCCGAAGAGGAGAACACCCCCGAGAAGAGGGUGGACAGGAUCUUCGCCAUGAUGGACAAGAAUGCCGACGGGAAGCUGACGCUGCAGGAGUUCCAGGAGGGGUCCAAGGCAGACCCCUCCAUCGUGCAGGCACUAUCCCUCUACGACGGGCUGGUAUAGUCCAGGGCCCAGAGCUGGGAUGCCUGAGAACCACUCACCUCCUCCCGUGCCGUGAGGCCACCUCAGCCCCACCGCCACCCUCUGUGUCCACCCAGCCUUUCUCCUCGUCCACACCCGGCCGGGCUGCCCUGGAACCCUGAGGCCUGGCCCUCCUCCCCCGGCCCCGCACCCACCCGCCGCCUAAGCCAGUGGCUCCAAUUGUCAACAACCUCUGCUUGUCCGGAAAACAGCAGCGCGGAUCGGAAAAGGCUGCAGCCCCAGCGAAACCAAGGACUCGGCUGCUUUGCCGGCGGCCUCUGGAUUCCUCCUGCUCUCUUGUGCGUGUGCUUUCGUUUUUUAUUUCAAACAGACAUUGAAAAAGAAAAAAAAACUACCUUCUGUUGUAGAAGAUACGGACUGACAGAUGGGGAGGAGGCCUCGGGGACUCAGAGGACUCUGCCUCGUCCUUGGGCAGCUGGAGAGGCCAUGGAAGUCACGGCCUGGCCACGGCGGGGCUCGGGGUGUCGGGGGGCCCGAUGAACGUUAUUGGUCCCCCAUCCUCUAGCAGCAAAACCACCUGCGUGGCUAGGAUGAGUAACUAUGAUGAUGAUGAUUUUUUUGUGAUAACAGUAUUGUGCUUUUUGUGGGGAAAGUGAGGUAUUUUUUUUUAUACAUAUAUAAUCGAUAUCUUUUA